AUCAAUAUGAUCGGUCCGUUUUCGCGUUUUACGUGGAUUAGAGCGAGCAAUAGGCAUUUAGAAGUUUUGGAAGUGAGAGAGAGUGAUAAAUUUUUGCAUUCCUCGCCUGCACGAAAUGCCUGUAGAUCAUCGACGUGUUUUGGGACCCGCAGAUGAAACAAGACCCCCACUUAAUGAGCUGACCAUCCAGGAAGACAAAACUAAACAUAUAGUGAUAAAUGGAUUGAGACAAGAUGGUCGAUCAACUGAUGAAAUAAGGAAAUUUUUUGUGCGAGCAAAUGCUGUGACACAGGCUAAAGGUUCAGCAUACAUUGAGACGGGAAAAACUAAAGUUAUUUGCUCAGUAUAUGGUCCACGUGAAUCAUUGAGAAGGCAAGAGUUUAGAAUGAAGGGUAAAUUGACAUGUGAAAUCAAGUAUGCUCCAUUCUCUUGUAAAACAAGGAGAUCACCUGUGAUGGGUCAAGAUGAAAAGGAUUUAUCAAAUAUUAUAAAACAAGCAUUUGAGCCUAGUAUAAUGAUGGAGAUGUUUCCUAAAGCCCAGAUAGACUUGUACAUAGUAGUUUUAGAAAACGAUGGAAAUGUACUUUCAGCUGCGAUUAAUUGUGCAACUGUGGCUUUUGUCGAGGCUGGGAUAGAAAUGUACGAUCUUGUGAUUGCGUCCUCUUUGGUUCAAUCAAUUCAAGGUAGCCUCCUGGAUCCAAUUUUAUUCGAGGAAAAACACCAAGAAACACAAAGCAUAAUGACAGUUGCCUUUCUUCCUGUGUUGAACCAAAUAUCAUUGUUAAACAUGAAUGGUGAACUUUCUCUGACACAGACAAAUCAGGCCAUACAGAGCUGUAUAGAAGGUUGUGCAAGAAUCUAUCCUGUAAUUUGUCAGUGCAUUGUUCAGCAUACUAAGAGAACAAUCAAAGAACCAUCAAUAAAUGACAGAAACCUGGUGACCAUGGGUUUUUCCAUAACUUACGUAAUUGUGCACAACCACUACAUGUUUCCAAAUAACAAUGACAACUGCAUAUGUAUUUAUGUGAGCCAUGGCCCAAGGUGGAUUCCAUGUAAACUGUAUGCCAAAGUUGUGCACAACUAGCAAACUUUCCAGCCUAGGCCAUGACCAUUUACCAUGACUAGUAUGUAUCUCUUUAGUUUGUAUUGUAACACUUAUAUUUGUCAUCAAUAUUAAAUACUUAGAAACAUGUUUGAA